GUGAUUUUUAUUCACACUUCUGGGAGGUAACCCAAGCAGCAUUAGCUGGCUGGAUGUAGCCACAACCUGUUUGGCUUCCACUCUGCCCUCGGGGCCUCAGCGGGGCAUGGUCCUCUAGGAAACCAAAUGGGAGGGGACGCCUCUUUCAGAAAGGUCAUUGGGACUCGGGGAGCUCCCGCAGGUCCCUGCAUUCUUCUAGGGAGACAUGCAGGCACGAGCCAGGGCUAGUUAGCAAGGGCAGCCUGGGCUGCCUCUCCUGGCUGGCUGCCCCCCACUUUGAGGACAAGGAUGAAGCGGCAGGCAUUUUGGACUGGACUGGAGUACUCCUGUCGAUUCUUGGGCAUCUCCACCGCAGCAGUGCUAAUCGGCGUGGGAAUUGAAACUUUACUCCAAGGACAAUUCAAAAGCCUGGCCUUCUAUCUUCUCUUUUCAGGGGCCGCAGUCUCCAUAUGUGAAGGGUCUUACUUUGUGGCUAAACUGCUUUCAAUCUGCUUCAGGUGCCAACCAGAAUCUCUGGCCUAUGUCUUAUGGGAAAAGGCCUGCAAGCUGGGCUGCUUCCAGAAAUUCCUGGGCUAUGUGCUGCUUUCUGUUGCCUGCUUUUUGCAUCCAGUGCUGGUCUGGCAUGUGACCAUCCCAGGGUCUAUGCUGAUCAUCACUGGUCUGGCAUACUUCCUCCUGAGCAAACGUAAGAAAAACAAAACUGACUGUACCCCAGAGCAGUACACAGAUCCCUCUGCUAGUGCUGUGAGCACCACAGGACAUGGGGAUACUGAGCAAACCUACACCUUCCACAGCUCCUUCAGGGAAGGGCCAACCUCCCUCUUUGUCCGUAUGAAAAGCAUCUUGAAGGGGAACCAGAAGUCUCCCCCAGCCAGGCCUCCAGACACACUCAUGGAGCUGGUUCUGGAACCAGCUGAUUUGCUGCCUGGAAAGAAGCAGGUGCACUUUGAAGAGAAGGUAGUCAAAAUCAUCCCCUCUAUCACCGAGAGCCUGGAUGACAGAGACAGUGAACCAGAGGAAACUACCUCUGAUACAGUGCCCAUCAUUCCUCCUCCAGAGGCCCCUCUUCUUAUGUCUUCCCUUACAUCCACAGGCUUGUUUUGAAGAGUAUUUAGGAUUCCCCUUCCAUCACUCAACACAGAGAGCUCAAAAUGGGACCCAUCCCCUAGGGAUUCCCCCAAAACUUCCAAUUCAUAUUGCCACUCCUAUAAGAGCCUUUGAGUUUCAAAGACUCUCCAAGGAAUUCAUGAGGUUUCAUAAGAAUUUGAGUGUCAGAGAUCCCCAUGGAACUUAUGGGAUCUCCAAGGAUAGAACAGCAACCCUGGAGGUAUGGCUAAUAAAGCUUGUUUCCUCUUUUUUUUAGGUUUUUAGGUUGAAAUCUGGCUUCACACACUUCCUAACUAUGUG